GAGUGGAGGUUUUAAAUAAAAAUCAAUGGGGAACUGUAUGUGAUGCUGGCUGGGAUUUAACAGAUGCUGCAGUGGUGUGUAAUAGCAUGGGUUGUGGGACUCCAAUAGCAGUAAAGACAGGAGCUUUCUUUGGACAGGGCUCAGGACCCGUGUGGCUAGAUAGUGUGAAUUGUACUGGGAAUGAGCCAUCAGUGAAAAAUUGUUCAUCAAAGCCAUUAGGAACAAGCACCUGCAGCCAUGGACGAGAUGCCGGAGUCAUCUGUAACCCUUCAGUUAGGUUGGUGAAUGGUGAGAACUCAUGUUCUGGACGAGUGGAGGUUCUUCAUAAUGGGACAUGGGGAACAGUGCAUCAGGACUACUGGGACUCUACUGAUGCUGCAGUGGUGUGUAAAGAGUUGGGAUGUCCGACCGGUGCUGAAACAAAAAUGUAUUCCUUCUUUGGACCUGGUGUAGGAACAAUAUGGAUGGAUGAUGUUCAGUGUACAGGGACUGAAUUGUCACUUAAGGAGUGCAGUUUUCGUGGAUGGUCAUCAUACAACUAUGAUCAUUCAUUUGAUGCUGGAGUCAUCUGUCGAGGUAUUAGACUGGUUAAUGGAGAUAAUAAGUGUUCUGGAAGAGUGGAGGUUUUAUAUAAUAAUCAAUGGGGAACCGUCUGUGAUGCUGGCUGGGAUUUAACAGAUGCUGCAGUGGCG